AAGUGUUCUCUCACGAUUCUCUUUAAUUAUACCCUAAAACAUGUCUCUAAUUCUUUCCACCUUGUCAUCAUCAUCUUAGAUUCUAGGGGACGUUUCAGAUCAUGGGGAUUCUCUGGAACUCGGUUAUAGGAAUACCGGUUCUGAUAAUGGUUUUGUUCUUGGUACGAGUUGUUUUAUUCAAAACCGGUUUGAUUUACACGGUGAAGAAGUGGCGGAGGAAGAUCAUCGACUGGUUUCACGUUUAUCAAUUCUACAAAGUCCCUGAGUUCAACGAUAACUUGCAGGAGAAUCAACUAUACCGUAAGGUCUACGCUUACUUAAAUUCACUCAGCUCAAUCGAGAAUUCGGAUUACACAAACCUCUUCGCUGGCAAAAAGUCAAACGAGAUCAUCCUCCGUCUCGAUCGGAAUCAAGUGAUCGGCGACGAGUUUCUCGGCGCUAGAGUUUGUUGGAUCAACGGAGAAAGAAAUUUCGUUUUGAGAAUUCGAAAAGCCGAUAAACGGAGAGUCCUCAGCUCCUAUCUCAACCAUAUACACACAGUCUCUGAGGAGAUAGAGCAAAGGAGGAGCAAAGAGGUUAAGCUGUUCAUGAACGUCGACAACGGGAGAUGGAAAUCCAUUCCAUUUACUCAUCCUUGCACGUUCGAUAACAUCGCCAUGGAAACAGAUCUGAAGGAUAAAGUGAAGUCCGAUCUCGAAUCGUUUCUCAAAGGGAAACAAUUCUACAACCGACUCGGAAGAGUAUGGAAAAGGAGUUAUCUUCUUUACGGACCUUCAGGUACCGGAAAAUCGAGCUUCGUGGCCGCGAUGGCGAAUUUUCUAAACUACGAUGUGUACGAUAUAGAUCUAACGAAAGUGGAAGACGAUUCCGAUCUCAAAAUGAUUCUGUUACAAACCACGUGUCGGUCCCUGAUCGUCAUCGAGGAUCUAGAUCGGUUCCUCUCGUCGAAAUCAACGGCUCUCAGCGUUUCCGCUGUUUUGAAUUUCACAGACGGCAUUCUAACCUCGUGCGUGGCCGAUGAGCGGAUCAUGGUGUUCACUAUGACGUCUAAAGAACAUAUCGACCCGGCGGUUAUCCGUCCGGGUCGGGUAGACGUUCACAUCCAUUUUCCGUUAUGUGAUUUCACGGCGUUUAAAACGUUGGCUAACAACUACUUAGGCCUAAAAGAGCAUAAGCUUUUCCCUCAA